GUUGCUGGAUUCUAGUUUUGAAAGCUAGCUUCUGUGUCCACAUGAUGUGCAAUAUUAUUUCACUUGUGUCCAUCAUCAACUUGUUUUUGCUGCCAUUGCUGUUUUAUGGAGUUGUUCUCCUACCACAACAUACUGCUGCUUCUCACUCUACUGUUCAAUUUCUUCCUGGAUUUGAAGGUCGACUUCCCUUCCAUCUUGAGACUGGGUAUAUUGGAGUAGGUGAAUAUGAAGAAGUGCAGCUAUUUUAUUAUUUUCUUAAAUCAGAAUCAGAACCCACAAAAGAUCCUGUUUUGGUUUGGCUCUCAGGAGGACCUGGUUGCUCUUCCUUUACUGCACUUGUUUAUCAAAUAGGGCCGUUGUAUUUUGAGCCAAACAAGUACAAUGGGAGCCUUCCAAAGCUAACAUUGAAUCCAAACUCAUGGACCAAGGUAGCUAACAUAAUCUUCUUGGAUCAACCUGUGAAUAGUGGCUUCUCUUAUGCAACAACUUCAACAACAUUCAAGUCUACUGAUCUACAAGCAUGCGACCAUAUCUACCUGUUUUUGCGAAAGUGGUUGAUUAAGCAUCCAGAGUUCAUUAGGAAUCCAAUGUACAUUGGUGGAGAUUCAUAUUCUGGCAUCACUCUUCCAGUUAUCACUCAACUAAUAUCAAAUGGAAUUGAAGCAGGGCACAAGCCAUCGAUUAACCUUAAGGGAUAUAUACUUGGGAAUCCUAGCACGUUUCCUCUUCAAUAUAACUACUGGAUUCCUUAUGCUCAUGGAAUGGGACUUAUCUCCGACGAACUUUAUAAGUUACUGAAGGAAACUUGUAACGGGGAAAAUUUACAAUAUGUUGACCCCAGCAAUGUAUUGUGCUAUCAACACUACCAAACUUUCGAACAGUUGAUUAGUGGAAUCAAUAAGCCACACAUCCUAGAGCCCUCCUGUGGUUCAGAUGCAGAAUCUCGAUUGUUUGGAGAAAGAAGAUCUCUUUAUGAAAAUUAUUCCAUUAAGUGCCGUGUUGAGGUACACAGGUUAUCUACUUACUGGGCAAAUGAUCCAAGAGUACAAGAAGCUCUUAAUGUUCGUAAGGGAGCUAUAGAAAGAUGGACAAGAUGUAGAGAAAGUAUCGUGAAUAAAACUUACAUUAUUACUUUCCAAGAUAGCAUACCUUAUCAUGUGGAACUCAGCAAAAAACUUUAUCGAUCACUUAUAUACAGUGGCGAUCAUGAUAUGGGCAUUCCGUUCCAAUCAACUCAAUUUUGGAUAAAAUUUCUAAAUUAUUCUAUUGUGGAUGAAUGGCGGCCAUGGAUUGUUGAUGAUCAAGUUGCAGGAUAUACAAGAUCCUAUUCCAACCAGAUGACAUUUGCAACUGUCAAGGGAGCGGGACAUGUAGCUCCAGAGUACAAGCCUAAAGAGUGCUUUACCAUGUUUCACAGAUGGUUAUCUCAUGAACAACUUUGAAGUUACUAUCAGAAGCAAGUAAUUAAUAAGAAUAUAAAACCUCAUUUUUUAAUGUUUAAGUUCAGACGACCUUAACGGUCUAGUCAUCUAAAUAAGUCUAUUAUCAGAUUCCAAUGAUGUUACACUGUUUGUGGUCUCAUCGAUAUUUGUGUAGUUAUUUAGAUUCAUUAAAUAAUUGUAAAAUUAAAAAAUAAAUGUAUUUAAUGAC